UCAUAAUAAAUAAGUUGAAAAUACUUUAACCUCAGCAGAAGUGAUAUUUGUUUCUCUGAGGUCAUGUUGAUGGUCAUAGUGCAGUGAAUGAAUGAUAAAUAAAUAAAUAAAUAACCGCUCGCUGAGGGCGGUGCAGCGGGACGCACAACGGAGGAAAACGAAACCGCACCGGACGAGUAACGUUAACGUUUGCCUGCAGUUUAUUAAUAUAAGGCAUACAUUACUCUGUGCUGCAGUUAUGAAUGUUUACACACAACUCUACGUUCAUCUACAUCGAGCUGCUCGCGGGUUCUAGAAACUCUCAUGAUGGCACAAGGGUCUUCUUCAGAGGGCGCUUUGGAGUCGGAGCUGACCUGUCCCGUCUGUCUCCAUCUGUUCCUCGACCCCGUCACGCUUCCCUGCGCUCACAGCUUCUGUCUAAACUGCCUGGAAACACCAGAAAAGACCUCUGGAUCCGAUCAAGAGCUCUGCUGUCCAGUGUGUGGGCAGGAACACCUCAGCCCAGAGUCUUUACCCAGAAACAUCAAGCUGAAACACAUCGUGGAGAGCUACAAAGCAAACAGCGCCAAUGGGGAACUUCAGUCCAGCGUAGAAGAGAAAACCAUCAACAAUGAAGAGAAAAUACUUACAGACUGUGAACAAAAUGAAACAAUACUAGAUGAACGCAGCUCCAGAAUGAAUCCUGUCAUAGCUAGCCUUCAAGAAAAGCUCUGUCUGGUUGAUAAUCUGAUGAAUCGGGAAAAGGCCAGAGAGGCUGUGGUGAAGGCGAUGCAUGCAGAUCUGAGGAAAGACGUUAGGAGCGUGAUGGAUGAGAUGGAGGAGCUGGUGAAGAUGUACAGAAACACGGGAGUGAAGCUCAUAGAGGCCGAACUGGAGCUCAGAGAAGAGGCUGCUGGGAAACGAGUACAGACGUUGUCGGAUCUCCAGAGUCAGCUGAGAGCGGCUGAAGGUCAGAUCAACACAUUAAUGGAUGAGACUGACGAGUCGUGUUUUAGCGAUCGAGUCCAAGAUGUUGAGAAUCAAAUCUCCUGUCCGAUGUUGGAGUCUCUGCGGGACGUCCCGGAUGAUCUGCAAUUGUCCAGCAGCUUGAAAAAAGUCCGCGAGAAAAUCGAGCACCAGAAUACUCAACUGCGCCUGGGACUCGGAUCCGCUCAGCGAGCUCUGCGCGUCGUUCUCAAUCCAUCUGAAGUGACGUUUGAUCCUGAGACCGUCCACCCAAACCUGCUGUUGUCUGAAGAUCUCAAAACGGUGUCCUUCAGUGUGACCAAACAACCCUAUCCAGCCAGUUCCCAGAGGUUCACCAGCUUCUUCCAGGCUUUGAGCACUCAGAGUUUCACCCGAGGAGAGCAUCUGUGGAGCUUUCAGGCUGAAGGUUGUCCGUGGGUUUUGUCCGUGUGUUACGGUGACCUUCCCCGCUCCGGCUCUGGCAGCGGCCUGGAGUCCAGCGCCGGAUCCUGGUGCCUGAUGUACUGUGAUAACCUGCUGAGGGCGUAUGAAAAGGGCAAAGACACGCCGCUCAGACGCACACCAUCUCUGAAGAGGAUGGAGAUACGCCUCAGCUUCACUGCAGGCACUUUAGCGUUUUACAGCAUUAGUGAUGUGAGUGGGGAUAAAACGCUCCUGCACACUUUUAAAGUCAGCUUCACACACCCUGUGUAUCUGGCGGUGAGGAUGAUGUCAGGUCAACCCAAAGCACGCAUAACUCUCUACUAGUAAAGUCUGAUCCUCUGCAUCUCAUAGUGGACUUCAGUUAUGGUUGAUGACUUAUGUGAUGACAGACUCUGCAAAUGCAUCACAGCUGAUUGGAUUAUUUUUGAUGCAGGUUUUCAUUGCAGCACAAUUCUGAGAGAAAAAAGAAGCCAGAAUUGAGUUUAUUAUGCAAUUGAAAACUUGGUCGCCCCCCCCCGAGAAUUAGACUUGGUCUCAUCCAAAUGUUUAACUGCGUCUCAGUCCAGAAUUGCAAGUUCUUAAUUGCAAUUUUGACUUUUAUAAUGCAAUUAUUAAUUAUAAAGUCAGAAUUGUGACAUAUAAAAUAUGCAAAUUUAAGAAUUAAGGCCUUCUCCCCCUCAGCAUUAGACUUGGUUCCAUCCAAAAUCUUUACUGCAUCUCAUAAUGGACUUUAGUUAUGACAUAUUUACUUUCUAACUCUGCAAAUGCAGCACAGUAGAUUAGAUUACUGUAAUUUUUUUUCAACUUCAAUUUAUUCUCAAUUGGCUUAUGAGACAUAAACUCAGAACUGUGAGCUGCAAGAGUGCAAAUAUAAGAAAUAAGACCACCCCUAUGAAUUAGACUUAGUUUCAUCCAAGUUGGCAUUGCAACACAAAUCCAAAUCAAAGCCGGAAUUGCAAGUUCUUAAUUUCAAUUUUGACUUUAUAAUGAAAUUAUGAGUUAUAAAGUCAGAAUUGUGAGAUGUAAAAUGUGCAAAUUUAAGAAAUAAGAAUUUCCUCCCCCUCAGAAUUAGACUUGGUUUCCUCCAAACUCUUUACUGCAUCUCAUAAUAGACUUUAGUUAUGGUUGAUGACAUAUUUAAUUUACAGACUCUGCUAAUGCAUCUCAGCAGAUUAGUUUAUUGUUGAUGCAAGUUUUUAUUGCAUCACAAUUCUGAGAGAAAAAGCCAAAAUUGCAAGUUCUUAAUUGCAAUUAUGACCUUAUAAUGCAAUUAUUAGUUAUAAAGUCAGAAUUGUGACAUAUAAAAUAUGCAAAUUUAAGAAUUAAGGCCUUCUCCCCCUCAGGAUUAGACUUGGUUUCGUCCAAAUGCUUUACUGCAUCUCAUAAUGGACUUUAGUUGUGACAUAUUUAACUAACAAACUCUACAAGUGCAUCACAGCAGAUUAGAUUAUUGUAAAUUUUAUUCAACUUUAAAAUCUUCUCAAUUGGCAAAUGAGACAUAAGAAAUAAUCCCCCCCCCCCCCCCCCCCAGAAAUUAGACUUAGUUUCAUCCAAACUCCAUAAUGUUCAUCCAAAAUGUUAGUUAUAGAUUUUUUUUAAGUUGGCAUUGCAUCACAAUUCCAAAUAAAAGCCAGAAUUGCAAGUUUAAAAUUACAAUUUUGACUUUAUAAUACAAUUAUGAGUUAUAGAGUGAGAAUUGUAAGAAAAAAAAUAUGCACAUUUAAGAAAUAAGACUUUUCUUCCCUCAGAAUUAGACUUGGUUUCAUCCAAACGCUUUACUGCAUCUAAUAACAGACUUUAGUUAUGGUUGAUGACAUUUAAUUUACAGACUCUGCUAAUGCAUCAGAUUAUGAUUAGAUUAUUAUUGAUGCAUGUUUUCACUGCAUCACAAUUCUAAGUGAAGACAAAGCCAGUAUUGCAAGUUCUUAAUUUCAAUUCUUACUUUAUGAUGAAAUUAUGAGUUAUAAAGUCAGAAUUGUGACAUAUAAAAAAUGCAAAUUUAAGAAAAAAGACCCCCCCCCUCAGAAUUUGACUUGGUUUCAUCCAAAUGCUUUACUGCAUCUUAUAAUAGACUCAACGAUUGAUGACAUAUUUAAUUUACAAACUCAGCAAAUGCAUCACAGCAGAUUAGAUUAUUUUUGAUGUUUUUGAGAAAAGGAAGUGAGAAUUUUAACUUUAUAAUGAAUUUUAAAACUUGCAUAUAAAUGUGCAAAAUAAGACUUUCCCCCUUCCAGAAUUAGACUUGGUUUCAUCCAAACACUUUAGUUAUGGUUGAUGACAUAUUUAAUUUACAAACUCUGCAAAUGUAUCACAAAAGAUUAGAUUAUUGUUCAUGUUUUUGUAUUGUGUCACAAUUCUGAGAAGGAAAAAAAUGCAAUUGCAGUUUUAACUUUAGUAUGAGAUUAUCAGUCAGAAUUUUUAAAUAAGAUAUGUGCAUCUAAAUAAAUAAGACAUUUUCCCCUCAGAAUUAGAUUUCAUUACAUUGAAUUGGCAGUGCACUACAUGUCUGAGGAAAGAAGUCAGAAUUGCAUCUGCCAUUUCUCAAUAGAUUUUAUCUUGCAAUUACAAGUAUAGCAAAGACAAGUUACUGAGAACCACAUUAUGCAACCAAUUACUGCAAUGAUUUGGCCUUAUUCAUCCACGCUUAUCUUUUGUGAUGCAGAAUAAUCGCUUUUUAUGCACUGAAUGCAUGUGGGUAAACUCACAUUGCCACAUUAAUUUUUCUUGUUAUAUUUAAUUUGAUUAAAAUAAAAGAGCAUUUGUGUCAUUUAAAACAUUUACAAUGUUAUUGUUGUGCUGUGUUUUUUACGUGUUUAUUAAUACUUGUUUUUGACUACAUUUUAAUAAACAAUUACAUCUACCUUUCUUUGUAA